CCUGGGGUGGUGACAGGGAUGUCCGUCCCGUGUUUUCCAUGGAUGGUUGGUGGUUCCCCCAGGCGGGGAGGCAGAGCGCCUGCUCGACCUAUCUAUCCUGCAUCGACCUGUCAGACUUGUUUUACAUGCCCUGGCACUCUCCUACAUCCUGACCAUAACAGACAUACACGUACAGAUACUAACACUCGCGGCUCCCCAGGCCCUAGCACGUAAAUUACCCAUUUCCUCUUCCUCAUCACCACCGCGAAGCACCGACCUGCCCCCGCGGGGUCGAUUUGCGCACUAUCCAGCCCUCACUACUGGUGGAAAGAAACGUAACGAACAAGGCCGCUAGCUGCAUAGAAAGAGGACGGGAAAUUGACGGCGGGCGUACAAAACAACGUGUACGCCGUGAAGUGGCUCAAGGUGGUGGAGGAUCUCGCGGCGCAUCGCUUCUGAGCCCCAGAUUGGCUUGUCAGCCCUUGCGCUGCCAAAAGGGACGUCCGGAGUCCCGAUCUGCUGACCCCCGACAGGCCAGUCACAGCAGAGCGCGAGAUCGCCAAUGGAAAACGCCAACCCAAAGAACCCCGAGGGCGACAGCACUGCCCCUCGCCGAUCCUCCACAGCUCAGCCUGUCCACAGUGACCAGGAUGAUGCAUAUCUGCAGGCAAUGGCGGUGCAGGACGGCUUCAGGCCGACCCUCGCAGAUGUCUCACCCAGCCAGGGAAACUCCCCGAGGUCGUCCUCCCUGAUAGGCGACUCGGAAUCCCCACCAUCAACCCCGAGCAGUCGCAACCUGCCGUCUGCAACACCACCCAGCCGACCGUCCAGCAUCGCAAAGGCGCCCGGGCCCGACAGCGACUCGUUCGCCCUGCAGAACGACGGCUCUGCCGCCCCCAAGUCGGCUGAGCCAGCCACCAUAUCUUCUUCAUCGCAGGAAUCCUCCGACUCCAUGCCGGCGUCUUCCUCACCACUUAUCGCGACGGAAGCAAUGCACCCGCCGAGGCAUGACAGCCCCUACCAGGGGCCGUCUGGGCCUUCGCAUCCUUAUCAGCUGUAUACCCAGGAUGUGCGCAUUGCGAGGACCAUGAGCACGAGGACUUCAUCGACAGCGGGGCCGCCCCCCUCAGAGCAGCCCUACUCGGGACCCCAUGGACCGGCGCAUCCGUACGGCAUGUACUCCCAGAAUACGGCUCCGACGCCCCAUCAUCCUGGCGCCGGUGCGUCUGUGGGUGACGCUGUAGGCUUUUCCGGCGUGGCGGUCGACCCGUACCGCCGCAGGAUAGGUCCGGAAGGGGAGGAGAUGGGCGGUUUGGUUGGGCCCGAUGGACACACCGAGGAGCUGCCGCCGUACACGAGAUACCCCGACGAGCAGAUUGCCCGCAAGGUAAGAGACGUGGAGGCUGUGCAGUCGGCACACGCCCCGCUGCCACCACAAGCGGCGCAGACUGCCUCAUCGACGACACAACCAGCCUUGGGCGUUACGUUUCCGCCCCAGCCCAUCCCCGGGGCUGGCGGGAUUGGGAUCGCGGCGCGGAACCCCGAGUUCGAUUCCAUCGAUGAUCUAAACACGCCGCGCUCCCGUCACUCGUCUCGGAGCUUUACAUCGGCCUCCGAGACGAGCCACCACGAGAUCAACACAGCAGCGGCAGCCGUUGUCUCGGAGAAGGUGCCGAAUCGAUGGGAGAAAAGAGGGCGAAAGCGGGUCUGCGGCAUGCCAUGCUGGGUGGUUGUCCUCUUGAUAACCGCCAUCCUCGUUGUGGGCCUCAUACUCGGCGCCGUUCUUGGGACUCUGCUGGGCAGGCAGCCGGGGCCCCCUCCCGUCCAGCGAGCGCCGCCGCCCUUAUACGACGCGGUCCCGAUCCCCGUACCGUCGGGCCUGCCGCCCCUGCCCACCGGCUCUUUCGGGAUGCCACUCAUGCCGCUUGGGGCACGCGACGUGUGCUUCCAAGACGCAAGCCUCGCCCCGGCGUGGACCUGCGGGCUGGCCUUCAGCCCGGCCAUCAUGGCCAUGGUCAUGACCAUCAGCGGCGGGGACAACGGGAACCCCUACAAGGUGUCCAUGUCCACCAACAACAGCCUCUCGGCGGGCGCGGGCGCGUACUCGUACGGCGCCCAGGCGCCCAUGUUGCCGCCCGGCACUUUCGCCAUGCAGACGGUCAACGACACGCUCGAGCCAAGCCGGGGCCCGGCCUGGUUCAAGAUGCUGCCGUUCAACAAGACCGUCUUCAUAUCCGAGUCCAGCUUCCCCGCCAAGGCCGGCGGCUCGGCGUCGUCGCGCCGGCUCCUCCGCCGUGCGGCGCCCUCGUUCGACGAGAUGAAGCGCAAGUUCUCGGCCCAGCCGGGUGACAAGCCAUGGGCCUGCACCUGGCCCGACACGGUGCUCGAGGUCUUCAUCUACCCGAACCAGAACGCGAGCCUGUUCAAGUCCAUGAGCUCCAGCGGCGUGGGGCUGCCGCCGCCCGGCGGCAGCGGCGGCGGCGGCGGCGGCAGCUCGGCGGCGACGGACCCGGCGUCCCCCACGCGCGGCUCCCUGCCCUUCGGAUCGGGUUUCCCCAGCACCACCUCGGGCGGGGGCGGGGGAGGCGCGUCGCGAACCUCGGGCACGCCCGGGCCGUCGCAACCCCCGAACCCCUUCGACGGCGACUUCCCGCCCCUGCAGCCGCCCUACCCGCGCGUCGUCAAGCUCGAGGAACGCCGGAUCCAGGGGUCGCCGCAGCCCGUGUGCCGCCAGCUCAAGAUCAGGGAGGACGGCACGCCCAUCCCGAACGUCGACGGCGCGGGGAAGCCCAUCGAGGUCGUCAUCACCGAGGUGGGCAACACCCCGCCGUACCGCGGCAACCUCGCGCCGAGGGACUCGGAUGGGGUCGUCGCCAUGGAGGAGCCGAAGCUCUUCCGCAGGGACAACCCUGAAAUAAGCGAUUGCAGUUGUGUGUGGUUUGCAACAUGAUUGCGUAUCGGCCACCUAUCCCUCUCUUUUUUUCGAUCGGCAUGAUUCUUUUCUCAUUUACCUCCCUGGCUUCUUUUUUAUCGGAGUUCACUCUUCCUUCAGAGGCGUUUUGAGCUGGGCUCCCUGUCGACUUUACUAUCAACAAUUUGGAAAAACUAAAAACAUGGAAAGCUGGAUCGAGACUGACGUUAUUGCAUCCAACAGUAUAGCGGAUCAUUUCACCAACUGCUUACUUCUUUCCCCUCUUCAUCCUACUUCUCUUUCGAGCGGCACAAAACCUAUUUCUCUUGCGGCGUCGUUUGUCGCCUUUUUUGUGUAUUUGUUUCUCGGUGCCUGCUUCUCACGCGAAAAUGAGAAUGCAACGUCAUUGGCCUGCUUCUAGCUCUUGUUCACUCCUUUCUCAUUUUUUUUUUGUUUUCUUCGGUCUUCUGUCCAGUUCCACACCCUCUUGACGGUAUUAAGCUUCGCCGUCCUACGGGUUUUGUUUGGAGUUUUGAUGCCGAUGGCUGCGGCAGUUUUCUUUUGCUCAACUGUGUGCCCUUGCCACGAAAUUACCCCUAUUCCACAAUAUCGUUAUCGGCCCAUCAUAGCUGUGCUGUCAGAUACUCUUGGGGGCGCUAUAUAUGAUUUAAACCCCUA